AUGCCAAAUGGGAAGAGCCUUGGCUUUUUUGCCGCAUUCCGAAAGGACCUUGUCUGUUCAUCAACUCCGCAAAUUGCACCACGGCAUCUGUCGUUAUCGUCAGCUCACAUCUUAAAUACGAUACUAUGUCUCAAUAUGAACAUAGGAAAAACAUCAAUUAUAGGCUUGUCAGCCACAUAUAAAAGCAUCUUCCUUUCAUUGAUGCCGUGUCUCUAUAACACUUCAUACGUACUGAGAAAACGUCACGCAUUCGAACAACCUAACAACUAA